GGAUUCUAGUGGAGUGGGUGGAGUCUAUCGAUGCAUUUGUCGGGUGCGUGAGAAAGCGUUGCCUUCACGUGACGAAGCCAUGCGUAAUUAAAAGUGACAGACAGCGGUGAGGAGGAUGCUGCAACACGACGCAGUGGCCGACAUGCGACUGGUCCGUCGGAUGAGCGCAGGUAUGACAAUCCAGGUCCCGGGAGAGCACGUGGGCUGCAGCAAAAUCGGUGAAAAUCGCGAGAACCAGGUCAUCUGUUUGCAAUGUCAAGAGGAGCUGAUGCGGGUCUGUCCGGGAAGCCCACGCAGUCCUCACCACGCCAUCGCGACCCGCCUGUCCUCCGGAUCCGCAGACCGGGAUCCCAGCAGUAGCAGCUACAAUGCCUCUUCUGGAACCUUCUACAGCUGUGUCAGUCAGAUCACCAUUGGGUUUGACCCCGGGGGUCAGGUGGCCAUCGGCUUCUCCCACUGGAAGAGUCCCUCCCCAUCGGGUGGCCAGAAUCUCCCCAGUCCGGACUGUGUUCACUCCGAGGUUUCCGCUGUGCCGGCCAUCGGCGAUCACCUGGAGCCGGUGUCCUGCCCGGCGUCACUAUCAAUUACCCCGCUUCCCACCUGCAGUGCCAGUCAGGAGACUCUCUGCGACAGCAGCACCAGUGUGAGUUUUUCUCUACAAGGGUCUGAGUCUCAUCAGAGGAGCCCCCACCGCCGCAAAGUCCUGCAGCAGCCCCCCACUUCACACUACCAGGCAGCGGACAGACCUCUCCCUUUCCCCUCCUGUGGGGAGGCAGGCAUCAUGGAGGAGUGCUCCUUCAAAGCCGAGGACUCCAGCACUCAAGACGAUGUGCCUCCCCUCGUUGUAAAGGAUGUCAAAGUGCUGCUAGACAGAGAAAGGUCAGAGGGCGUCAGCAGCCCGUCUCGAGAUGAUGACGACUCCACAUUACAAAACCAAGGAACCAACAGCAGCAUCCUCGACGACAACACAAAGCCGGAAUGUUGCGUCCGGGAGGUGAGGAGUAAGUUCAGCGGCCUCUGCUUCAGCGAUGGACGGUGUCGCAUUGACUACAUCCUGGUUUACAGGAAGUCCAACUCGCAGUCAGAAAAGAGGGAAAUAUUUGAGAGGAACAUCCGUGCUGAGGGCCUACAGAUGGAAAAGGAGGCCUCCUUGACAAACAGUGAUGUGAUUUUUCUGAAGCUCAAUGCACCAUGGGAUGUCCUUUGUCGCGAUGCAGAGCUCAUGAACAUUCGCAUGCCCUUCAGGAGGAAAAUCUUUUUCAUGCACCGACGGCACAAGUUCAUGAGCAGGAUGGAGAAGCGCAUCAACAAGGUUCGCGGCUGGCUGCCCCGCAAGCCCAUGAAAUUUGACAACGACGCUCUGCCCGACCUGGAGGAGAACGAGAGCUUUACGGCCCCUUUCAGUCGAUCAAGGAUACACCAUUUCAUCAUCCACAACAAAGACUCUUUUUUCAGCAAUGCCACCAGAAGUCGCAUCAUCCACCACAUCCUCCAGCGGGUCAAAUAUGAAGAAGGUAAAAAUAAGAUGGGGCUUAAUCGUCUUUUGAGCAAUAGUUCAUAUGAGGCAGCUUUCCCUCUUCACGAGGGGAGCUACCACAGCAAAAACUCCAUCAGGACGCACGGAGCAGAGAACCACAGGCACCUGCUGUACGAAUGUUGGGCCUGGUGGGGAGUUUGGUACAAGUACCAACCGCUGGACCUCAUUAGGAAGUAUUUUGGGGAGAAGAUUGGUUUGUACUUCGCCUGGCUCGGCUGGUACACAGGAAUGCUGUUUCCAGCAGCUCUGGUCGGCCUCCUGGUAUUCUUGUAUGGUUUCCUUACUUUGGAGCACUGUCAGGUCAGUAAAGAAAUCUGCCAGGCUACUGACAUCAUCAUGUGCCCAAUCUGUGACCAGUACUGCCCCUACCUGAGACUAUCAGACAGCUGCAUCUACGCCAAGGUCACCCAUCUUUUUGACAACGGAGCAACUGUUUUCUUUGCUGUUUUUAUGGCUGUUUGGGCGACAGUCUUCCUGGAGUUCUGGAAAAGGCGCAGGGCAGUCCUCGCGUACGACUGGGACCUCAUUGACUGGGAGGAAGAGGAGGAUGAGGUACGCCCCCAGUUUGAGGCCAAAUACUCCAAGAAGGAGAGGAUGAACCCCAUAUCUGGAAAGCCUGAACCUCACCAAGCUUUCAGCGACAAAUACAGUCGCCUCAUUGUCUCAGCAUCUGGGAUCUUCUUCAUGAUUCUGGUGGUGAUUGCUGCCGUGUUUGGCAUUGUCAUAUACCGCGUCAUCACCGUCAGCACCUUUGCCGCCUUCGGCUGGGCGCUCAUCAGGAAUAACUCUCAGGUGGCGACCACGGGAACGGCGGUGUGCAUCAACUUCUGCAUGAUUAUGCUCCUCAACGUGCUCUAUGAAAAAGUUGCUCUUCUCCUCACUAAUUUAGAACAGCCGAGGACAGAGUCAGAAUGGGAGGACAGCUUCACGCUCAAGAUGUUCCUUUUUCAGUUUGUCAACCUCAACAGUUCAACUUUCUACAUUGCCUUCUUCUUGGGAAGAUUUACGGGCCGGCCUGGCGCUUAUCUACGUCUCAUCAAUCGCUGGAAACUGGAGGAGUGCCACCCAAGUGGCUGUCUCAUUGACCUAUGUAUGCAGAUGGGCAUCAUCAUGGUGCUAAAACAGACCUGGAAUAACUUCAUGGAGCUUGGCUACCCGCUGGUCCAGAACUGGUGGACACGGCGGAGGCUGCGGAGAGAGCACGGACAGAAAGCCAAGGCCAGCUUUCCACAGUGGGAGAGGGACUACAACCUGCAGCCUAUGAAUGAUUAUGGACUUUUUGAUGAAUACUUGGAAAUGAUUCUACAGUUUGGCUUCACCACCAUCUUUGUGGCAGCUUUCCCUCUGGCCCCUCUCCUAGCCCUGCUGAACAAUGUCAUCGAGAUUCGUUUAGACGCUUACAAGUUUGUCACCCAGUGGCGGCGACCUCUGCCCUCCCAAGCCAAAGAUAUAGGGAUCUGGUACGGCAUUCUGGAGGGUAUUGGCAUCCUGUCUGUCAUCACCAACGCUUUUGUCAUUGCUGUUACUUCAGACUUUAUCCCUCGCCUUGUUUACGCCUACAAAUAUGGACCCUGUGCUGGUCAGGGUCGAGCAGGGGAGGGGUGUAUGAUUGGUUACGUCAACGCCAGCCUCUCAGUGUUUAGGGUGUCUGACUUUGAGAGCAGAUCACAGCCGAUGACUAAUGGCUCCGAGCUGUUUGGAGAAGCUGUAAAGUAUUGUAGGUAUCGGGACUACAGGGAGCCCCCAGACUCUGCAGAGCCCUACUCCUACACUCUGCAGUUCUGGCACGUCCUGGCAGCCCGACUCGCAUUCAUCAUUGUUUUUGAGCACAUGGUCUUUGCCAUCAAGACCCUGAUCGCAUACCUGAUCCCCGACCUGCCCAAGGACCUGCGCGACAGAAUGCGCAGAGAGAAAUAUCUGAUCCAGGAGAUGAUGUAUGAGGCCGAGUUGGAGAGACUGCAGAGGGAGAAAAACGAGAAGAAAAAGAAAGACACAGUCCUUCACAAGGAAUGGCCCUAAAAUAUUAUCGGCGGAGGUUGGUUUGUGCACUUUACAGUAGAGGAAAAGAAAAGUUGUGCUGUGUCUCCUGCAUGAUACCGGACCUUCAUGCCAUCCUUCUGCCGUGUCAGACCAGCACCUCCUAGCUGAAUGUUUUUGAACUGCAUCCAGCAGGUCCUCCCAGUGUGUGCAUCCAUAAAGGAUGCCCUCUUCGAUAUUUUGGCAGUGGGUAUUGCUACCUUUUUCUUUUCUUCCUCCAGAUAGUUUUUACUGGUUUGGAAUAUCUUCAGACUCUGAAUGUAGGUUCCCAGCAAGACUUCAUUUUUACAGCCGUCUUGUUUUAGACGAGAGAGAUAAUUCUACGGAGUUGACUGAAUGACAAACCCUGUUUACAUGUCUCCUUGUUUGAGGUGUUCACGUCUACAUUUAUUAUGAACAAAGACAUAACGCUAUGUCCGGCUAUCUGCUUUGCUUUGCUAGUGUGAUGCAAUAAAAAAACUACGGAAGGCCAUUUCUGAGGAAAUGGUAGUGGGAUUGCUGGCAGCUUAAACUGCAUUGCUUUGUGUAGCAGCGAGCUGACCAGCAUUGCUUGAUAAACGUCAGGCUGCUAAUCGGAAAUACUUGCUUGACUUUGAUGGAUCUGAAAGCAUCUGAAGAGUAUGAACAGUUGAAAUACAUGAAAAAAGGGAAAAUAAAAUGUGCGCAAUGAAGUGUCUUUUUGAAAUAAUGUAAAAAGCUCAUCUGAGGUCUAAACUCUAUAAGCACUAGCAGGAAAAAAUUAUUGGAAUACCAUUUUAGAAAUCCUUCUUAAGUACUCAUGCACUUAUUGUAAGUCACUUUGGACAAAAGCGUCAGCUAAAUUACAUGUAAUGCAAUGUACUCAGGAAGCCUAUUGUAAGCUCAUGUAACCUUUAAUUUGAAGGUUUAAGAGUUUUGUUUUGAAAAUCUCUCAGCCUGUCAUCAUCUCCAGACUUUUAUUUUGAAAGUCCUGCAUACUCAAGAGGCUUCUUGAGAAAACAUAAAAUCCGAUACUAUGAAAUAUAUUCGUGGGAGAGUUAAGACCAGGUUUAAAAAGUAAGUUUAUUCUUAUUGACGAUUUUUGGCAUUCGGCUGGGUGGCACACCUGCUGUGUUGGGGCUCAUGACGCAAAAAAUGUCGGUUGGAGUUGAAAAAUACUUAGAAAGAUUACAGAGUUGACUAUAUUAAAAAAGAAUCAAGGUUUAAACAGUCAGAAGAGAAUGUUAUUCCAAUAAUGUCCUCAAUGAGCUCAACGAUUUUUAAUCAAGUUUUGUUUAAAAAGAAUAAAAGAUAACCUAAGAAGAACAUACAUUGGAAUGUGUCUGAUACCCAGCAAUCUCACUAAUAAAGACAAACUGAGGAACAUAUGGACUGCCCACUUUAAUAUUCACGAGAUUCACAAAUCUAUAAAAGCUGUCUACCGUUGGCUUAAAGGGGAAAUGCUUUAGAUUCAUAAAUGCAGUAUUAAACCAUAUUUAUUGUAAAUAAAUUCUACUUGACAAUGUGUGUCUUUCUUUGUUGUUG